UUGUUUCGCUCCAGCAUUAACCACAUUCCAGAGAGGCGGAGUGCACCCCGUCCACUUCCUCGCAUUCCUUCUCCACAAACGAGUCCCUUGCGCUAAAUUGUGUUUAAAACGUGUUUUGGCGCACUCUGUGUCUUUUAAUAUGUAAGAUGUGGCUGUUAGUGGUGUAUUGCAAUAUUUUCUCAACCUCAAAUUUACAUUUGAGACUCUUUUGGAAAACUGGAGAAAAACUGACAAGGGAAAAUUCCUCCGCGCAGCGCGCCAUUGACUGUAAAGACCUUUCAACUUAACAAAAACUGAAGUUGACAAACGUAACGUUGAAACUUUGUUGUAAGGGUUUAUAUUUUCGAAGAAAAAGAUCAUGCACUGCUCCGAGAUUUCCAAGCACACUGGCCGUUCAGCAAACAGGCGACGAUGCCUGGAUUGAGCCUGCGUUUUGUUAUGAUUUCCAAGUGAAAUGCAAUUACUGCUAUCUCUCAGUCGGUAGUCGGUUUGUGGACUAGUGCGCUCUUUCUCUGAACUUGUUCGUCGGCUCCGGAGCAAACCAUGGAUCACUAUGAGGAAGAUUUGGGACUCCGGGCGAGUAAAUUAAUGGAGGACCUUUCCUUAUAUGAAGCAUACAAGGAUGGAAUGUACAGUUCAAGGAGAGACAUGGUUAUCAACCCCGAUUUGGAUUUUUCGUCUCCAACAAUACCCGAGCAGAAAAGUAAGACAAUGAAUGGCAGCUCUGCGCCUCACCAACAGAUACACAGCGUUGAGAAUUACAUGUCUGGGAAUAAAGUGUACACUGCGGCUCCGGUGCGCCCCGUGAAUGGCAACAGAGCCGUUCCUGUGGAUUAUUGCACCCCUCAAAGAGACAUAGUUUAUCCUAAUGAAGAUAGCUAUUGCACCAAAUCCGAAAUUGCUUUGCCGUGUUAUAGCGGCGCGUCCGAGCGACACAGGAGGUACUCCUUGGAGGUGCUGGGGCAUAGGUACAGCACUGGUAGCGCGUACGAUGGAGUGGUUUUGAACAAGCCAGUACCCUCACCUGGCAACAGAUGCAACAGUAUUUGUAUUACCACCAACCACGACGGCAGAUACAAUGCAACCAGCCCGCGGUCCAGUUUCGUAUCCUCCCUCUCCUCCCAGGAGCAAAGCAAACAUGCAAGCCCGAGGUCGAGCAUCAGUAGCCCGCGCACGAGUCUGUUGGUACCCGGGCAAGACAAGUACACUAGUCCCAGGUCCAGUCUGGUACACUGUGAAGGGAGCAGUGCCCUCAGCCCCCGGUCUAGCUAUGCAAGUACAGCCAGCGACACAAGUAAACAUUCCAGUCCAAGGGCCAGUCUGAACAGCUAUGACUGCUGCAGUAAGCCCAGCAGUAACCGCACCAGCGGCAUCAGUAUGGGCUACGACCAAAGGCACAUCAGCCCCAGGUCCAGCACAGCGAGCCAGUAUUCUUGUACCACCAGUCCACGCUCUAGCUAUUCAGAUUCACGUUACAUGCCUGUGGGGAACCAUGAUCUGGAGGGUGCAGUUUUGCAUGGCAUGCCGGUGGCCAGUCCCCGGUCAAGCAUCUGCAGCCAGGAAGGGUGUGCAAGACCCGGGACAAUAGCUAACUGCGUUGUUAGUCCCCGAUCCAGUAUCUCCAGUCACAGUUCCAGAAGUUCCCGGAGCUCCAGGGGAUCUAUGAGCACCUACCCAGAUCUCCAACUGCCUUCACCCAGGUCCUCAAUGCUGGGGACUGGUUUGCAGGAGGACAUACUAACACAAGAUUGUGGCGAUACCAACGGUGUUCAUAGUCGUAUCCAUCUCCAAGCGCUCUCUGGGAUGCCAGAGGCCCUGCCACAGCAUGCACCACAACAGUCAACCCAGGCAGGGAUGAACACAGAGGUGACCGCUGGAUCACCAUCAUCUUCUUAUGGGCUCCAUAUGAAAACUCCAGCCUCAGGGCAGAGGUUUAAACUACCUUACCAGGUGACCCCAUGCCGGGAAAGUGGCCCAAGCCAAGCAGAAAGGAGUCUGGAAGCACUCACCUUGGAGCUGGAGAAGGAGUUAGAAAUGCACAUGAAAAAAGAAUACUUUGGUAUCUGUAUCAAGUGUGGAAAGGGUGUGUAUGGAGCCAGCCAAGCCUGUCAGGCCAUGGGGAAUCUGUACCAUACCAACUGCUUCACCUGUUACUCCUGUGGGAGGAGGCUGAGAGGGAAAGCUUUCUACAACGUCAACGGCAAGGUCUACUGUGAAGAGGACUUCCUGUACUCUGGCUUUCAGCAGACGGCAGAGAAGUGCUUUGUAUGUGGUCACCUCAUCAUGGAAAUGAUCCUGCAGGCAUUAGGCAAGUCCUACCACCCUGGCUGCUUCCGCUGUGUGGUCUGCACAGAGGGUCUGGACGGAGUGCCUUUCACUGUGGACGUGGAGAACAACAUCUACUGUGUUAAAGACUACCACACGGUUUUUGCCCCUAAAUGUGCCUCAUGCAACCAGCCAAUCCUCCCUGCUCAGGGCUCUGAGGAGACCAUCCGGGUGGUGUCCAUGGACAAGGACUACCAUGUGGAGUGCUAUCACUGUGAGGACUGUGGCCUCCAGCUAAAUGACGAGGAGGGUCACCGCUGUUACCCCCUGGAUUGCCACCUGCUCUGUCACGGCUGCCACAUCCGCAGGCUAAAGGUCGCAGUGCCCGCCCACCCGCCCCCAGCUACCCACUACACGUCACUGAGCUGUGAGAGGAACCAACCCCAACCCACCGCUGACCCGCCUCCCAGGUGACCUGAGACAACAUAGCAGAAAGAAGAAGGAAUCCCCCGCCCACGGAAUCCCGGGAACUUCGGAACAGACAGACCCUGGGAGACUUCGCUCUCUACUUGCCGGCCGUGCCCUGGGGAGAGGAGAUAGAUACAGGGCCAUGGACAAGUCACAAGACCGGGCUGGGAGAGUCCACGUCUCUCUCUCUCUCCCUUUCUCUCUCUCUCUCUCUCCCUCUCUCUCUCUCAUCAGUUUUUUUCUCCCUCCUUUCGGUCUAUGAACAGUGAAGCAGGCUGAGGCCCCAGCCCACCCAGAUACCCUGGCUGACGUCAGCACAAUGACCCCUGCACAUUCAUCACAGUGGGGCCUGGCCUGGAUGGAGGGAGGGGGCCACUCUCUCUCCAUCCCUCUCUUUUUUACUGCCUUUCUGUUUUCUUCAUUCCUUCGAGCUGAAGCCCAAUGCCAUGAUGCAUUUACUGCUCCUCUGUCAGAGAGAGAGAGAGCCGGACAGCGUCUCUGCCAGGAGGCUGGGAGGCCAUGAAACAGGUCGCUACAUAACAUUCCAGCACUGUCUGGCAGGGUUAGAGGGUUGGACAUGCUGUGCCUUCAGAGUGGCCUUCCACUGAGAAACCUUACCGCAUGGUGACAGUGACAAUGGCACAAUCCAGAUAGCUACGGCUCCUUUUGGCUAUGCAAGGGUACUGAGUCUACCAGCAACAACCAAGCUCCUUCAUGUACCACCUUCAUGUGACUCUGUGACACACCCUCCUGUACCAUCCCUUCAUGUGACUCUGACACACCCUCCUGUACCAUCCCUUCAUGUGACUCUGUGACACAGUCUCCUGUACCAUCCCUUCAUGUGACUCUGUGACACAGUCUCCUGUACCAUCCCUUCAUGUGACUCUGUGACACAGUCUCCUGUACCAUCCCUUCAUGUGACUCUGUGACACAGUCUCCUGUACCAUCCCUUCAUGUGACUCUGUGACACAGUCUCCUGUACCAUCCCUUCAUGUGACUCUGUGACACAGUCUCCUGUACCAUCCCUUCAUGUGACUCUGUGACACACCCUCCUUUACCAUCCCUUCAUGUGAAUCUGACACACCCUCUUGUACCAUCCCUUCAUGUGACUCUGUGACACACCCUCCUGUACCAUCCCUUCAUGUGACUCUGUGACACACCCUCCUGUACCAUCCCUUCAUGUGACUCUGUGACAUAGUCUCCUGUACCAUCCCUUCAUGUGACUCUGUGACACAGUCUCCUGUACCAUCCCUUCAUGUGACUCUGUGACACACCCUCCUGUACCAUCCCUUCAUGUGACUCUGACACACCCUCCUGUACCAUCCCUUCAUGUGACUCUGUGACACACCCUCCUGUACCAUCCCUUCAUGUGACUCUGUGACACACCCUCCUGUACCAUCCCUUCAUGUGACUCUGUGACAUAGUCUCCUGUACCAUCCCUUCAUGUGACUCUGUGACACAGUCUCCUGUACCAUCCCUUCAUGUGACUCUGUGACACAGUCUCCUGUACCAUCCCUUCAUGUGACUCUGUGACACAGUCUCCUGUACCAUCCCUUCAUGUGACUCUGUGACACAGUCUCCUGUACCAUCCCUUCAUGUGACUCUGUGACACAGUGUCCUGUACCAUCCCUUCAUGUGACUCUGUGACACACACUCCUGUACCAUCCCUUCGUGUGACUCUGUGACACAGUCUCCUGUACCAUCCCUUCAUGUGACUCUGUGACACAGUGUCCUGUACCAUCCCUUCAUGUGACUCUGUGACACACCCUCCUGUACCAUCCCUUCGUGUGACUCUGUGACAUAGUCUCCUGUACCAUCCCUUUGCUCCAGUGCUACUUGGCAUAGUGGAUGUUUGUGGCACCAAAUGCCCUGUCAGUAGCCACAGCGCUAGCCUGGGCUGGCACUCAUUCCACUUAGCAGUCUUAGAAGACGUGACCUCGAGAAAUUCACAAGCAGUGUCUCAACGAUUAUAUAACAAGAUAAAAAGUUAGAAGCAUGUAGAUUGCCUAUAUAUUUUGCAGACAUUUUCCACAUAAGAUUCUAGAAGUGUAGUGUAUUUUUUUGCUGCGUUAUUAUUAUCAAAUGGAAUCGGAGGCCAAGCGAGCUGUCGCCGUCUUAACGGUCCUCUGAAGGGUAUUGGUCCGUUGUUUAAUUUCUCCUCAAGGACACAUGUCCUAGAGGCCUCUGUGUUGUCACUCUGCUUGGUCAUGCGAUCCACAGACCUGUUAACAUGUACAGUUCCACACACUGGUUAUUUGACCCAUAUGGUAGCACUGAGUAAAUGAGUGUCUGACCAUCGAGAGUCCCCACAUAUCCUCGUCAUGCACACGUUACUGUGUCAUACCUACUGGUUGAUCUGAUUGUCUGGUUGGUUGUGGGAGUUGCUGGUCCAACCCAUGUCUCUGGGAAUCCAUCCCCCGUGUUUUCCCUCGCUGGUUGUGCCGGUGUGUGUGUGUGUGUGUGUGUGUGUGUGUGUGUGUGUUAGUUUGUUGGUCUAUAGACACUGAGUGUACUAAACAUUACGAACUGCUCUUUCCAUGGCAUAGACUGACCAGAUGA